GUCCUCCGAUCCCAGAGCAGCCUCCGCGAUGAGAAGCGCUCGCGGUGCCUGGGGUUUCCUCUGCGUCCUGAUCCUCCUGCUCGGCCUCCAGACAGGCUCUUCUCAACCAUCUGUGAGUCCAGGGGAACUAUCUCCACCAUCCAUCCAUCCAGCAGAAUCAGAGUUAAGAGUCAGUGUUGGCGAUGAGAUUAGGCUGUUGUGCACUGAUCCAGGAUUUGUCAAAUGGACUUUUGAGACCUUGGGUCAAUUGAGUGAGAAAACAUACAAUGAAUGGGUCAUGGAGAAAGCAGAGGCCACCAAUACAGGCAAUUACACAUGCACCAAUAAGGACGGCUUAAGCAGUUCCAUUUACGUGUUUGUUAGAGAUCCUGCAAAGCUUUUCCUCAUUGACCUUCCCUUGUAUGGGAAAGAAGGCAAUGAUACACUCGUUCGCUGUCCUCUGACUGACCCAGAAGUGACCAAUUACUCCCUCAUGGGAUGCGAGGGGAAACCUCUUCCCAAGGACUUGACGUUUGUCGCUGAUCCCAAGGCUGGCAUCACGAUCAGAAAUGUGAAGCGCGAGUAUCAUCGGCUCUGCUUACACUGCUCUGCGGACAAGAAGGGCAAGUCGGUGCUGUCGAAGAAAUUCUCUCUGAAAGUGAGGGCAGCUAUCAGAGCUGUACCAGUUGUGUCUGUGUCCAAAGCAAGCUAUCUUCUUAGGGAAGGGGAAGAAUUUACAGUGACAUGCUUGAUAAAAGAUGUGUCUAGUUCUGUGGACUCAAUGUGGAUAAAAGAAAACAGCCAGCCGACUAAAGCACAGGUAAAGAGGAAUAGCUGGCAUCAGGGUGACUUCAAUUUCCUACGUCAGGAGAGGUUGACUAUCAGCUCAGCAAAAGUUAAUGAUUCUGGAGUGUUCAUGUGUUAUGCCAAUAAUACUUUUGGAUCAGCAAAUGUCACAACAACCUUGGAAGUAGUAGAUAAAGGAUUCAUUAAUAUCUUCCCUGUGGCAAAUACUACAAUAUUUGUAAAUGAUGGAGCUAAUGUAGAUCUGGUUGUUGAAUAUGAGGCAUACCCGAAACCUGAACACCUACAGUGGAUUUAUAUGAACAAAACCUUCACUGAUAAGUGGGAGAGUUAUCCCAAGUAUGAGAAUGAAAGUAAUAUCAGAUAUAUAACUGAACUUCACCUAACCAGAUUGAAAGGGACGGAAGGAGGCACUUACACAUUUCUAGUGUCCAAUUCUGAUGUUGAUUCUUCCGUGACAUUUAACGUUUAUGUGAACAUAAAACCAGAAAUCCUGACUCAUGAGAGGCUCAUGAAUGGCAUGCUCCAGUGUGUGGCAGCAGGAUUCCCAGAGCCCACAAUAGAUUGGUAUUUUUGUCCAGGAACUGAGCAGAGAUGUUCAGUUCCUGUUGGGCCGGUGGAUGUGCAGAUACAAAACUCAUCUGUGUCACCAUUUGGAAAACUAGUGGUUCAAAGUUCCAUCGAUUACAGUGCAUUCAAGCUCAAUGGCACGGUUGAGUGUAGGGCUUACAACGAUGUGGGCAAGAGUUCUGCCUUUUUUAACUUUGCAUUUAAAGGUAACAGCAAAGAACAAAUCCAUCCCCACACCUUGUUCACGCCUUUGCUGAUUGGUUUUGUGAUCGCAGCUGGUAUGAUGUGCAUCAUCGUGAUGAUUCUUACAUACAAAUAUUUACAGAAACCCAUGUAUGAAGUACAGUGGAAGGUUGUUGAGGAGAUAAAUGGAAACAAUUAUGUUUACAUAGACCCAACGCAACUUCCUUAUGAUCACAAAUGGGAGUUUCCCAGAAACAGGCUGAGUUUUGGGAAAACUUUGGGUGCUGGUGCCUUCGGGAAAGUUGUUGAGGCCACUGCAUACGGCUUAAUUAAAUCGGAUGCGGCCAUGACCGUUGCUGUGAAGAUGCUCAAACCAAGUGCUCAUUUAACGGAAAGAGAAGCUCUAAUGUCUGAACUCAAAGUCUUGAGUUACCUUGGUAAUCAUAUGAAUAUUGUGAAUCUUCUUGGAGCAUGCACCAUUGGAGGGCCCACCCUGGUCAUUACAGAAUAUUGUUGCUAUGGUGAUCUUUUGAACUUUUUGAGGAGAAAACGUGAUUCAUUUAUCUGCUCAAAGCAGGAAGACCAUGCAGAAGCAGCCCUUUAUAAAAACCUUCUGCAUUCAAAGACGUCUUCGUGCAGUGAUAGUACUAAUGAGUACAUGGACAUGAAACCUGGAGUUUCUUAUGUUGUACCAACCAAGGCAGACAAAAGGAGAUCUGCGAGAAUAGGCUCGUACAUAGAAAGAGACGUAACCCCUGCCAUCAUGGAAGAUGACGAGUUGGCCCUGGACCUGGAAGACCUGCUCAGCUUUUCUUACCAGGUGGCAAAGGGCAUGGCUUUCCUUGCCUCAAAGAAUUGUAUUCACAGAGACUUGGCAGCCAGAAAUAUCCUCCUUACUCAUGGUCGAAUCACGAAGAUUUGUGAUUUUGGUCUAGCCAGAGACAUCAAGAAUGAUUCUAAUUACGUGGUCAAAGGGAAUGCUCGGCUACCUGUGAAAUGGAUGGCACCUGAAAGCAUUUUCAACUGUGUGUACACAUUUGAAAGUGAUGUGUGGUCCUAUGGGAUUUUUCUGUGGGAGCUGUUCUCCUUAGGAAGCAGCCCCUACCCUGGAAUGCCAGUGGAUUCUAAGUUCUACAAGAUGAUCAAGGAAGGUUUCCGAAUGCUGAGCCCUGAGCAUGCACCCGCCGAAAUGUAUGCCAUAAUGAAAACUUGCUGGGAUGCUGAUCCUCUAAAAAGGCCGACAUUCAAGCAGAUCGUUCAGCUGAUCGAGAAGCAGAUUUCAGACAGCACCAAUCAUAUUUAUUCCAACUUAGCAAACUGGAGCCCCAACCAGGAGAGUGCUGUGGUGGACCAUUCCGUACGGAUCAAUUCCGUGGGCAGCAGCGCCUCGUCCACGCAGCCUCUGCUCGUACAUGAAGACGUCUGAAGCAGAAUGGAUAUCUGCGAGU